AUGUCGAUUGCGGACAAGAUUGACGAGAACUACAAGAAGAUCGCCGAGGUGAUCAGAAACCACGGCCAGCCCAAUCCGCUCUUCCCCAAGGACCGCGACCUCACCUAUGCAGAGACGAGGUGGGAGGUGGGCGCGAGGACCCACCUGGCGAGCACGAUGGGGCUGGGCACGGUGCUGAAGAACAUGAAGAAGAAGCAGUACGUCGACUUCCAGGACGACUUCAUCAAGGACACGACCCUCAUCACCCUCAUCCACUCCUUCGAUGAGGCCAUUGUCUCUCAGAUCGUCCUCUACCACGAGAUUGGCGACAAGGUGAAGGACUCCACUGAUGAGAGCCAUCACACACGGACUGCCGGCUGGUGA